AUGGCACAAAGAACCUCUAUUUCUCCCGAAGAUUGUUCGGCUGUGGCUCAGGAAUGGCUCCGUCGUCUCAACAAAGCAGGCGAGAGCGGCGACCUCAAAGCGUUCUCCCAGCUACUCUCGGCUGACGGUUGGAUCCGCGACCUUUUAUGUUUUAGUUGGGAGCUUCGGACCCUAGCUGGUCGGGACAAGAUCGUCUCUUACCUCACAGAACGAGCAGUCGAAAACUCUACCACCCCACAUAAAACACGUUUCUCUCACUCCUCUCUUUCGAAUGUCAAGCUUCAAGCGGACUCUGGAAUUGGCCCGCCGACUAUGAUCACCUUACCCAGAGGUAAAACAGAACAACAGGGUAUCAUAGCGUGCUUCACCUUCUCUCUAGCAAAUCCAGAACGCACUGGUCGGGGUCUUGUUCGUCUUGUAAAGGGGGCAGAGUCCGAAGACUGGGCGGCUGCGACGAUCUUCUUCACGGUGGAGGAUUUGGUGGGUCACGAGGAAGAUGUCAAGGAGAGGCCGGAGGGUGUUUGGGAUAAUCACGCGAAGCCUUGGCAGGAGGUGAAAGCGGAAAAAAUCCAGAGUGUUGAAGACGAUCCGACCGUUCUCAUCGUUGGUGGCGGCCAGUCCGGAUUAAUGUGCGCCGCACGAAUGGGACAUAUGGGCAUUCGCGCACUUGUGGUAGACAAGGUUCUUUACCACCCCUGGCCCAAAACUUACCCAAAAUGGCUUCCGAAAGACAUGAUCGCUGACUGGCUCGAAGCCUACGCAAAUGGACAAAAUCUAGUCAUCUGGCUUUCCUCGACUGUCCUCUCUGAUCCUCGACCGGUGUAUGAUGAGGAAAAACGCUCGUGGACUGUCAGCGUCGAAAGGAUUAUACGUUCGUCGGACGGUGAUUCCGUCACCCAUAUAAUCACUCUGCAUCCAAAACACAUCGUCAUGUGUGUGGGUAACGGUCGCCAAAACAUUCCGCACUUUAAGGGCGUUGGCGACUUCAAGGGCACGAUACACCACAGCGAUCAGCACAAGGAUGUGAAGCGCUGGGCCGGCAAGAAGGCGGUCGUUGUCGGUGCAUGUAACGCCGCAGGCGACGCCGUUCAAUCUUUCCUCUCCACAGACCACAGCGCCGCUUCUAUCACCAUGAUCCAACGCAGUCCGACUUGCGUCAUCAACAUAAAAACGGCGGACCGCACAAUGUUUGCGUUCGCAUUGGAAACACGCUCAGUCGAGGACAAUGACUUUUUCAUGCAGAGUGUUCCGUCUCGUCUUGCGCUCAUGCAAGCUGCCGCAGGGGAUACUCAGAAGAUCAAGAAGAUGGACGAGGAGCUGCUUACGAAGCUGGGCGAGAAGGGGUUCAGCUUGACUUGGGAGUUGGAACCGGGAGGAGGAGAGGUGGGUAUAUGGGGCUUCGUGUUAGAGAAAGUUGCUCGCGGUAGCAUGAUAGACAUUGGAUGCUGUCAGUCCAUCGUCGACGGGAAGGUAGAGGUCAAGAGCCAGGUCGAGAUAGAUCAUUUCGAACCUGAUGCUAUCGUGCUGAGCGAUGGCUCACGAGUAGAGGCCGACGUCGUCGUACUUGCCACCGGAUACGAGCCUAUGGUCAACUCGUUCAAGGACUUUUUCGGAGACUCAAUCACGGAGAAAAUCGGUACAAAAUUCCUCGACCUUGAUGAGGAGGGCGAACCGUCGAAAUGUUACCGUCCUUCGGGUCAGAAAGGUUUGUGGAUCACCGCAGGGACUUUCUACCAUGCGAGGUUCUUUUGUAGACAUUUGGCUCUCCAGAUCCUAGCCGAAGAAUUGGGGCUGAAGGACUGA